AUGGAUUCGAUAGAACCAGAACAAACCCCUUUCGCGGCUGUGAGCGCGCAGACUUCAAAGAUAGGACGUCAAUACCAAGCCUGGCUAGAUAAAUCAACACCAUAUGUUCCUUACAGAUGGUUGGCUACAUUCGGGCUUCUUAUGAUAUUCUUCGUUCGCAUAUUCGUCGCACAAGGAUGGUAUAUUGUGGCAUACUCUCUUGGAAUCUACCUUCUUAACCUCUUUCUCGCAUUCCUUCAACCAAAGUUCGACCCCUCCAAUGAAGCUAUCGAUAAUGAUAUGGAAGAUGGAGCUGCUGGUGGAUUACCAACCAAACAAGACGAAGAGUUCCGCCCAUUCAUCAGAAGACUUCCUGAGUUUAAGUUCUGGCAUUCAGCGACAAGAGCAAUUGGAAUUGGUUUCGCUUGUACUUGGUUUGAGAUUUUCGAUGUACCAGUGUUCUGGCCAGUGUUGGUUGUUUAUUGGUUAAUUCUGUUCACGUUGACCAUGCGCAGACAAAUUCAACAUAUGAUUAAAUACCGAUAUGUGCCAUUCUCGUUCGGCAAGACUAAGUAUGCCAAAAACAGCUCGUAA